AUGACAACAUCUCAAAGGACUCCUUUCGUUGUUAGACUACUUUACCUUUGGCUAAGAGCAUUAGUAGUAGAAGACUUUAAUUCACCUUUGUCAGCUUGUCGUCAAGGAGUAUUAAAGCAAGCACAAACAGCUGACAGCCUAUGGGAUGCAUACGCAGGCCUGUUAAGUAAUCAAGCCAUGAUCCUGGCCAUGAACUCCAGCUUCGUGGAUCCCUUAUUGCAAUAUGAAACUCAACUGAAGAUAGUAGAGUUGUCCUUUAAAAUGGCAUUUGCUAUACCAAGUCUUGACAAAGUGAAAGAAAUUGGGAAGAAUGAGGAUGACCAAGAGGACCUGGAGAAUUUAUACCAAGCUAUUUUAAACAUAUUUGAGGACACUCUUCUGAUCUUAGUGGCUAAGGACCUCUACAAACUGCAAAUCUUAAAGGAAAUGGCUGUGUGGAUGAGAGAAGAUAAUUUGUACAUGCAGGAGAGAGCCAUGGUGAUCAUCAGCAGAGUGCUAAGCUUUGCAUCCAGGGAAGCCAAGAAAUAUACUAGUGUUGAUGUUCCAUGUUUGGGUGCCCUGGCAGCAGAACUGUCUCUUUUGUGUUGCCAUGCUGAUCCCUCGAUCACACAACAAGCAUCCUUGGGAAUGUAUCACCUCCUCUGCAUUGCGAAGUAUCAGAAUGCGGAUAUUGCAAAAAAUAAAAGUACAAAGUAUAAGUCUAGAAGUCACUGCUUCCUGCCUUCUCCCUCUGAUAUAGAAUUUCUACCCAAGAUCUUGCAAAGAGACAAAAGUAAAAUUGUUCAGAGUGUAGGACAAACCUUAUUGCCACGCUUGCUAACUGACUUUGUGUGGAGUCUCCUGAUGAGACUCUCUGCACCUGACAAAACAACUGCAUCGGAGGCAGCAACCAUAGUGAAACUGACUCUGGAAUAUUAUGCCCAGAAGGUCACCAUGGUGUCUAAAAUUGUGGAUGUUAUUUAUAAGCAAUUGUGUGGAAAUGUUUCUCCCAUUUUGAAGCAAGUUAUGUUGAGGGUCAUUACCCUGUUGACACGUACUUCACCGAAGAAGGUCAUCUUUCAACUUAUGGACUACCCAGUCCCAGCAGACAACACUCUGAUACUGAUGUGGCAGGCGGCUGGCUCUGAGUCAAGUGUGGCUCCACUUGUGCUGAAGACAAUCUUGUUGAUACUGAAAGAAAAGCCUGAGGCAACGGAAGAAAGAAGAGCGGGAAGAAUAUAUUUCUCUCUUGACACGACUAACAUGAUGUCCAUGGCGGCAUCCCAGGCCCUGUGCACACUGCUGACUAUUCAUUCUUACAAGAAAGCGGUGGCCCAGUUUUUCCCCCAGCUCUUGAUGGCCCUCAUAUUUCAACUCUUUUACACCAGCAACCUGAGACUGAUGACAGAAGACAGGACUAUCUAUGCUCGAGAUGCACUGAGAACUCUGCUGAAUUGCUCUGGACUGCAACAAGUGGAUAUUGCUCUAGAGAGGGAGAAUUGCUGGAACCAGUUUUCCCAACCACUGUUUCAUCAUCAUGGAGUCUACCUUGUUGCCAAAACUCUCAGUGACUACAACUUUCCACAGUUUCCAGACACCUUGCAUUAUCUCUACCAGCUCUCAGUGAAAGGUCCUAGAAGGUCAGAAGACAAGGUCAUCACAAUAAUAUUCCUCACUGAACUUCUCAAUAAUUUCUUCAAGGACCCACUCCCAGAAGAAUUUUUGGCUCUCCUCAGAAACUGGGUCAAUGACUCUGAUCCUGCAAUUAGCAAACUGAGCCUUCAGAAAAUUGCCAGCAUGGCACCAGUUAUCAAUGAGAUAGAAAAUGUCUGCAGCUUAUUAAUAUCCAUCUUGGAUGCCUUCCUUUCCCAAGACAAGACUGUUGUAAUUCGGGCCUUGAUGACCCUUCGAACGCUUUUAGACAAACUGGACAAGGUGACCUACUCCUCCCUGUGUACCAGGAUUGCUUGCAGCUACUGUCCUCUGAUGAAUCAUAGUAAUGGAGGCAUUCGGAGUAUGGCCAUUCGACACUUUGGUGAGUUACUCAGGGACAUGAGUCAGUACACAGGGAUGCUGAAUGAUGUGGUUUUCAGAGGCUUGGUGCCUCUGAUUCUGUUUCUGGAAGAUACAGAGGCAAGAGUAGUUAAAGCAUGUAAAUAUACAUUAGAAAUCUGCACCUCAGAAUUCAAAUGCUCAACAUCAUAUCUGCUCAAGGAUGAACAUUACAGUUUUGAGCAGGUAGUGCUCAACAUCUGUAACAAUCUUCUUAUUUCUCAUCAGAAAUAUAUUACAGAUUUGAUAUCUGAUACCUUAGGAUUCCUGAGGAGUUCCAGAACAUAUCUGAGAAGGGGAUCAGUUAUUUUAAUAGGGUACUUGGCAAAAUUGGGUGGCCAUUUACUGCACAGAGAUGAAAUUGAAGUCAUGCUUGAGGCUAUUGGCCGAGCGCUUUGGGAUGAAGAUCCUGUGAUCAGGGAGUUUGCAGAAAUAACAAACAAAAUUUUUACGGAAAUAGCUCAUAGCUUGACCUCCUCCAAUAUUAAACGAAGCUUCCGAAGACUGUUUAACUCAAUCUACAUCAAAAAAUUGAAGCCUCUUUAUAAUUAUGACCUUCCCAAGGACCUGACAGGCAGUCCUAUGGAGAUUAAGAAACCUAGAAUGAAAAGGAAGCCAUUAUAG